UCCAGUCCAAUAAGCACUUCAAAACUUACGCCAUUUUUUCCCCCUUCACUAACAACAGAGCAUUAACAAAUAAGGGCCAAAACCUUGAGAAGAAUCAAGAAUCAAUAAUCAAGAAGCUGCUAUGAACCAACCAGUACAGAAAAACACUCUGUACGUAGGUGGAUUAGCAGAGGAGGUGAAUGAAUCAAUACUACAUGCUGCAUUCAUACCUUUCGGAGAUAUUAAGGAUGUGAAGACCCCAUUGGAUCAUGCCACCCAAAAACAUCGUUCUUUCGGGUUUGUUACCUUUCUUGAAAGAGAAGAUGCUUCUGCAGCCAUGGAUAAUAUGGACGGUGCUGAGCUUUAUGGACGUGUCUUAACUGUUAAUUAUGCUUUGCCUGAGAAGAUUAAGGGUGGUGAACAGGGUUGGGCUGCUCAGCCAAUUUGGGCGGAUGCUGACACAUGGUUCGAGAGGCAACAGCAAGAAGAGGAAAUGAAGCGGCUUCAAGAAGAGCAGAAGGCUGCAAUGCAGGUGGCAGAAGACUUGCAUAGAAAAAAGAUGGCUGAGGAUAGAGAAGGUGAAAAGGAUGAAGAAACGGAGACGAAAAACGACCCCAUGGCAAUGGCUGAAGCUGAGGUUUUGAAACAGAAUGCUAGUUAGUCAUUUCAAUGGCAACAGGUUCCCUUUUUUGGCAUUCAUCAGAUAGAAGUUUGAGGUACUCGUUAUGCAUGUAUAGAUGAGCAAUUUGCACCUUCUUAUUACUUGGCCUGUAUCUUAGCAUGUUGUGCUUAUUUACUGUUUCAAUGCCAGUAUCUUCAGAUUUUAUCUUAUGAAGAGUUGUCUAACUUUGUAUUGUUGCGGGA